CUUACCUAUAUAUUUCUAAUGAUGAAGGAGAUGGCCAUAUCCCUCGGGAUUGAAAAUCAUGAAAAACUGGCUGCAAUGCUGAUCAAAGAAAUAUAAAUUUAAGGAUAUACCGUACAAAUUAAAUAGCAAAACAAGCUACUCUAUUAUAAAUUUUUCGAAAGAAAAUAUAUAGAGUGUAGCUUAAGCUAUAAUUAUAUAUAUUUAAUUAUGCAUAUUUACUAAAUUAAUACUGCUAUAAAAUUCCCUAUCACGAAAAGUCCAAGUGAUGGAAUAAAGAAUUUACCUUAUACAGUUAAAAUAUUUUAGUUACCAUUGCGCACUGCAGCAAAUAAACAUGAUUGUUGA